UUAUGCGAUGGGCCGUGACGCCAGAGGGGCGGGGAAUUUGGGAUCGACGGUGUCUCGCAACUGGUCAGCGCAGCGGGAACGGAGCGGCACGCCGGUUCCUGGACUUCCGGGGACGAUGGCGCGGGACAGCUGGCGCCGGCUGCACCGCCUGUUGUCCGCGGGGCAGCUUCUGUUCCAGGGGCGCGCUCUGCUCGUCACCAACACGCUGGGCUGCGGCGCCCUUAUGGCGGCCGGGGACGGCGUGCGCCAGUCCUGGGAGAUCCGCUCCCGGCCGGGCCAGGUUUUCGACCCGCGGCGCUCCGCAAGCAUGUUUGCGGUGGGCUGCAGCAUGGGUCCCUUCCUGCACUACUGGUACUUGUCGCUGGACCGCCUAUUCCCUGCGUCUGGCCUCCGAGGCUUCCCAAAUGUCCUCAAGAAGGUCCUCGUGGAUCAACUGGUAGCCUCUCCCGUGCUGGGCGUCUGGUACUUCUUGGGCCUUGGCUGCCUGGAGGGCCAGACACUGGCUGAGAGCUUCCAGGAGCUGCGGGACAAGUUCUGGGAAUUCUACAAGGCUGACUGGUGCGUGUGGCCUGCUGCGCAGUUGGUGAACUUCCUCUUCGUGCCCCCCCAAUUCCGAGUCACCUACAUCAAUGGCCUGACGCUGGGCUGGGACACAUACCUGUCCUACUUGAAGUACCGGAGCCCAGUUCCUCUGACACCCCCAGGCUGUGUGGCCCUGGACACCCGAGUGGACUGAGCUGUCUGCCCCCUGGGACCGGACGCAAGACUGACUCCUGGUGGACCACACGCUCUGCUAGAAGGGGAAUGGGUCCCUGCAGCAAGUUGGGGUCCAGGGCAACGUCCCAGCAUCCCUCCAGCUCCCAGGCACUGGGCUGAGCUGCCCUUUCCAAGCUCACUUCUGGGACUGUUUGCCCAGCUAGAACACACCUGUGAAGAUGGAUGAUCAUCCCCUAGCCCUUCUCAGCAGGAGCCUCAUGCAACCUGUGACCAAGAUGUCCCAUCUUCAGCACAGGGCCCACCCAGCCAAUCAGUCCCAAGCACCAGCCCAACAACACUGCCGUCCAGGUGGCUCUGGGCCAAGCCGCCAAUCCAGAGCUCCCUCAGGUCCUGCGACUAAGUGGGCAAUGUGGCCCGUUCCCUCAGAGCAGGCUCAGGCCUGGAGUUGGCCCCAAAGUUUCAAGCAGGGCCGGGAAGCCUCUGGGUUUCUUCCCUGGUCGUGAGCUGUGGACAAUCCAUUAAAUUCUUUCUGUCGUGUAAUUGAAACUGCUGGCCAGGUGCAGUGGCUCACACCUGAAAUGGGAGGCUGAAGUGGAAGCAUCGCUUGAGGCCAGGGGUUUGAGACCAGCCUGGGCAACAUAGCAAGACCCUGUCUCUAUUUAUAGUUACAAAUAAAAAUAACAAAAGCAAAGGCUAUGGAUGACCAGAGCCAGGGUGGGCAGGGCUGGUGCUCACAGGGACACACGUGGUCCAUUCGCUUUAUUGGAUGGAUGUAGUGUUUCAUGAUGUCUCCUAAGGAACUGGGGGGCACAUUUGACACUUAUGAGGUCAGAACAGGUCCAGUGGGCAGGGGGGUCCCAGGGUGGUGAAUACCCACAGCAUACCCCCCACCAAAAGAAAAAACUUGGGGGAGAGGAGCCUGGCAGGCUAGACUCUGACCCCCAUGGUCCACACGGGGAACCCCCCAACAGCGGCCUCGGCCCACCGCAGCAGAGCCGAGGGGCUGGCAGGCCUGGCCACCUCCCAUCGCCCGAUCAGCCUGCUCUAGGGUGUCAUCUGGCCCCCUCUUCACAACCAACAACUGUGGAUGGGGGUGAAUUUAAAAAAGGCAGGGAGGGUGUCGGGGAGGAGGGGUAAGUUCACGAGGCCACGACACACCACAGCUGAGCUGGGAAAGGGUUAUAUGUACAGGAUGGGCAGGGCUGGGGUCGGGCAGGGGAGCCCGGGCCCCUGCGGGACAUCUUCAAUAA